ACUGAGAUAAAACUCGUCUCACGCAGAUGUUUUCAGCUCAACACACGUGUAUUUAGCGGCUACCACGCUUGCGUAUUUCGGUGUGGUAAAACAAACUAUGGCGAAGACAAACGCUACAAGAAGUAGUAAAAGACAGAGCAGCUCUUCAGGUGAGCUCAUAGUUGGAACAAAGGAGGAUGCUCCUAAAGAGGAGCAAGAUGAACAAGACCAUCAGAUGGACACUGUCAUUGAAGUAAAAGGACGUGCAGUCACUGCGUCUGUAUCCUUGGACAAGAAGAACAAGGAAGGAGAAGUUGAUGAUCAGGAAAAGGGAACCAAUGCAAGUGAUCAGAUGAUGGACAGUGAAAAAGAAACUCAGAUCAUCUCUUCAGCUGAUGCAGUCGACUCCAAAGAGAACACUACCAUAGAGAGUGCAGAGAUGAAGGAGGAGAUGCCGGAAUCUGGAGAAUCUCAGAUGGACAUUGUCGCUGGAAGUACAGCCACAGUAGCUGUAACAUGGGAGAAGAAUGAGGAGGGAGAGAGCGAGGGUGUUAAAAAGGAAACCAAUGGAGGUGAACAGAUGAAAGAGACACCAGUAAAAGGGAAACGCAAGGCAAGCUCUUCUGUUGAGGCCUCCCCGUCAAAGAAAACUAAGCUCCUCAACGAUGGAUACUGUCUUUAUGUUGGCAACCUGAACAACUCCAAAACAUUUGAUGAAGUGAAAGAUUCAUUAGCAAAUUACUUCACGACACAAAGUCUCCUGGUUCAAGACAUCAGAUUAGACCGGUCCAAAAAACAUGCAUUUGUAGAUUUGGCCUCAGAGAUGGACCUGACCAAAGGUUUGACGUUAAACGGAGAAAUGAUGCAUGAUAAGCCAAUGAAGAUCGCCAAAGCAAAGGUCAAAAGUCAGGAGAAGGUGCAGACUCCAGCAAAGGACAAAAAAGCGGCCAAAGACGACAGAUGUUUGUUUCUGAAGAACGUCCCGUACGACGCAACGAAAAAAGACAUCCUGAAAAUCUUCCAAAAUGCCGUCAACGUUAGGUUUCCUGACGGGACUGAAGGCCCAACGAAAGGCGUUGCCUUUGUCGAGUUUAAAAAUAAAGCUACUGCUCAGAAAGUAUGGCAACAAAAACAAGGAGUCGAGAUUCAGGGCCGGCUUUUGAUUGUGGACUGUGUCGGAAAAACAAAUGUGUCUAAAGUCAUCAAAGCUAAGGACGACAAAGAAGACACAAAAGCUGGAGUUCCUCCAAAUAACACCUUAUUUGUGAGCCAUUUGCCAUACAAUAUUAAUGAAAAAAACCUUGAGAAAGUCUUUCAGACAGCUGUUGGUAUCAGUGUACCUAAAUCUGAAGGCAAAUCAAAGGGGUUUGCGUUUGUCACGUUUGCAGCUGUGGAAGAUGCUGAAAAGGCUUUGCAGUCAUCCCAAAACAUGAAAAUCUCCAAAAAGGCUAUCAGAGCACAAUUCUGCAAAAUGCAAGAAAAAUCUGAGUUGGAAAAUGUCCAACCAAAAACACUGGUAGUGAUGGGCCUCGCCGAGAAGACGACUGCAGAGACUCUUAAAAGCGCCUUUGAAGGGGCUUUAAGUGCCAGAGUCACUGUAGAUAAAGAGACAGGAGUUUCAAAAAGGUUUGGCUUUGUGGACUUUGAGAGUGAAGACAAAUGCAAAGCUGUCAAAGUGGCCAUGGAGGACUGUGAGAUAGAUGGCAGCAAAGUGACUGUGGCUUAUGCAAAAGCCAACAGUGUAGAAGCUCCUCUGACACCUGGUGGACAGCCUGCAGGUCAGGGGGCGGGCAAAAAAAGGAAACGCAAAAAGAGAAAAGGUAAGAAACCUGGAGCUGGAACACCCCAGGAUGCUGUUAAAGAAGUGGAAAAUAAAGCCUGACUUGCUUGGCAAAAGUUAUCGUAUAGAUAUUUGUCUCUUUUAAAUGUUCAACAACCUGAAAGCAUGCAUGAACUUCAUGCAUGACUCUUUGAGUUCAAUUAAAUGUGAAACGUGGUGAAAAUGUGCACGGUUUUGUUAGUCCUACCUGAUGGAAGGACAUGCGACAUCUUGUUAUUUAAGCUGUAAUAUUUUGUACCUUAAAACCUUUUUAAUGUCAUAACUAUUUUGAAAACAUGAAAGAUCCCUGAAUUGUUAUCACAUUAUUUAGUUUUGUCAUGUAAAAAGUUGAUAAAGAUAAAAUCCUAAUGUGAAGACAAAUACAUUUUGA